AUGGACGAAAAGCCCGAUGAAGUACAAGAACAACCAUCGCCAGUUGAAAACGAACUCGAAGUGAAUACUGAGCUUCAAAGAAGUCACAGUCAGCCAACUGCAAUUUUGAAUAAAUCCAGUGAAGGAGAAGAUGAAGCAUCGGGCCACCAGUCUUCACGCACUUCGAUGCGCAAAUUACCUUCUUCGGCGAUUCAGACACAAAAUGAUUAUUCGAAUCAGGAGGAACCUCUCCCAGUCUGCAACAAUUCGCCUAUCCUAAUCACGCGGACGAGUCCUACUUUGCACAGAAACCACAGCCGCCAAGUGGAUCUCAUUGCAAGCACUACGAGAUACGCCACUCGGUUUUACAGGAACCGGGCCGACAUUGAAGAUAUCAGCUCUCCUGCUGAAAAUUCAUAUAUAGCUGGGAAAUCAUAG